CGCCGACGACGCUGUGAUCGUUUCUACUGUGCUUUGAUACUUCUCCUUCGUGUCUCGUCGAUCACGUAACCAUGUGACCGUCGUUCUCCUCGAUAUUCAUUCGACCAUGGAUGAUCCAUAAUAAUCGAGCGUAACAUCUCUUUGCUAUAUAAUACAUUUUAAUGGCUUACAAAGUCUAAAGCUCAGUAGCUUAGGAGAAAUGCAAUUUUAAAAAUAAUAUAGAUGUUCGUAAAAGAGUUUGAAAAACUUUCGAGUCAAAAACGAGUCAAAACGUUACAUGGAACGAUGAUUUUGUGCAUAGAAAAAAUAUGGAUGAUGUUUGUCGUCGUUUGCGAAAAAGAUGAACAGAAUUUUUCCACGCUUGCUGUCACGUGUAUAACGUGAAAGGAAAUAAAAAACGGAAUAAAAGUGGUACGUUUUGCGCGUAUGAUUAAGUCGGUGCGUGAUGUUAUUAUGUGAGACAAUGCGGUGGGGUGAUGGAUCGUGCGAUCUGUUGCGAUGCAAGUUUUUCGUUCUUUUGGUUCUCGUUGGCUGCAGCGAUGGAUACUUGAACAUUUUUAUCAGCCAGGCUCAGGUUAUGAAACUGUUGGGGCUCGAAGCUGAGUUAUACUACGUCAGGGAAGGAGUGGUUAAUACGUAUGCGAUGAAUUUCGUUGUGCCUGUUCCUGCAUACAUCGCGGAUCUCGAAUUCACUUGGCAGAGUCUUGCCGGACAUCCAUUACCGUACUCGAUGGAAUUGGAUUACGACGUAGUCGGUGUUCCGGGCGGUGUAUCCGGAAUGAUGGCACUGCUUCCUCCCAGAGUGAACGUGUCGGCUAGGGGAGAGGUGCCAGUCACGCUGCAAGUCUUUAGGAUCAGGCUACCGUGCUCGGGUCUCGUGAGUGCGCAAAUUCCUUUGGCUUUGAGGUUGAACGUCACAGCCCCACCUGGUACCAAAUACAACGAUACCAUUUUAGUAUUCAAGAGAAACAAGAUUUGUUUGAAAGGAGUGCAAGCACCUCCCAGAAAUGAUUCGGUACGUUUGGAACCAGGACCUUUGGUGAAUGGUGCCGGAGCUCUUUAUAUCGCCGCAACAUGUGCGUGCGCUUUGAUAUUAGUCGUUGGAAGCGUAGCAAGCGCCUUGUACAUUCGCAACAGCAAGGCUCGCAUUCAAGAAUCCCAGAAAACACUGCCCUGCUGUAGCUAUUCGGCGGCAGACACCGGCGGCUUAGCCAGAAGUUCUGUCCUGGUUAGAGUCGACCCACGACCCGGAAGCGCGAAUUCCGGAAGUUACGCAACCAUUGCCGACCUAGAGCCACUCUAUGCGAGACCUUGCGGUUCCAGAGCGAGUUACUACGCUUCCAGCCAUGUGACGCAUCUGAGCCAGUCGACCGAUCCUUGCGAGAAGGCUAGGGCACUCGCGGUAUCGAGGUCUGCGCUCUACUGUCGCAAUCUCGUACAGGAGGGCACCUUCGGACGCGUCUACAAAGGUACCUUGGAAUUGGUCGGCCGUGAACAAGAAGUCAUCAUAAAGACAGUCACAGAAGUGGCAUCGGCUUAUCAAGCCUCUUUGCUGGUGGUCGAGGGCUCGCAGCUGGCAGGAUUAGUGCAUGCAAACAUAGCUUCGCUCGCCGCCGCCUGCCUGGAUAGUUCUUGUCCGUUAUUGGCAUACACGAGUUCACCAGGCGAGUUGAAUUUGAAGUUGUACCUUACCGACGGAAACCAUCAUCCUGGGACCAGGGACUUGGUGCACGUUGGCGCGCAGGUUGCUAGAGCAGGGGCAUUCUUGCACGGUCGAGGGCUCUUGCACAGGGAUAUCGCUGCCAGAAACUGUUUGAUCGAGCCAAGCAGUCUUCGCGUGCGAUUAGCUGAUACGGCUUUGGCGCGAGAUCUCUUCCCUCAGGAUUACCAUUGUCUCGGUGAUAACGAGAACAGACCCAUUCGUUGGAUGGCCUUGGAGACUCUCCAGCACAAUCAGUAUAGCACGGCGACGGACGUGUGGUCAUUCGGAGUGUUCCUGUGGGAAUUGGCGACGAUGGGCCAGCAACCGUACGUCGAGGUGGAUCCUUUCGAAAUGAUGGCGUGUCUUCGAGAUGGUUAUCGACUGGCCCAACCGAGGCCAUGCCCGGACGAAUUUUUCGCUGUAAUGGCCGUCUGUUGGUUAGGCCUUUCCAGAGACCGGCCGACCAUGCCUCAACUUCUCGCCUAUCUGCAAGACUUUCACGAUGCCCUGGGCGGCUUCGUUUAAAAUAUUUAUACUCGAACGUCUCACGAUGUUCCUUGAAACAGCGAAGCAUUCUGGAAUGAUAUGUUCGAAUCACGUCGCGGAACCUUUCCGUCAACGUCCCUCGCGAGAGUUCUGAACGCAAGAAAGAGGAUUCAACGUGAGCGGGAAUCAAAACGAAGACUCAUCGAGAGAGAGACUCACGAUAAAGAUAGCUCGGCGAUGAAUGACGAAUUUUUUGAAAGUAACCAACACCGCCCAGAAGGGCGUGGUUUUUCAUUUAAAAAAGGAUAAAAAAAGACGAGACUCGAAAGCGGAGAUGCAAUCGUAUGGAAUUGAAGAUCACUGCCCAUUUGCAAUCGUACAGAAUUGAAAAUCACUGCCCAUAUUAUUGAUCGUCAGCAACGGUACUCGACAUUCCCUCUGGCGCGUAUCGGCGGGCCACGUUGUUUUCGAAAUUCCGUUUGGAGAAUCAAACAGGUGAAUGGAAACAGGCGAUGAUGGUUGAACAAGACUGAGAUGCAAUUCCGCGGAUUAAAAUGAUUCGAUUACGGAGAAACGAACGAAGUGCGGCCCGAUCGGCGAUGGAAAGAUCGAUGCGGAUAUAUCCGUCCAUAGCAGUUAAAAAAAAAGGGACUCGAAGCGCGCAACAUUUUUUAUAACGUGACAGAAAACGCGGCGCCUGUGAACUCGCAGUCACCGCUAUCCGUUGUGCGCGUUACAACAUCGGUUCGCAGGCGCGCUUUCGCAACGUUCUCCUUGGUUUCUUUCUUUCUUUUGCAAAUUUUACGAUGUCGCUACUUUUCCAUAAUCUCGAAGCAUGUUAGAAAAGAUUACAACGAUUUUCACUUGCCAAACUUGAAAGAAAAUGUUGCGUGAAACUUAAAUGGUCUCGUCGAUUCGAGCACUGCGUCAAAAAUCUCUAUAAUCAAAAUUGUAUUCGAUCAAAAUGUGCGAAUCUGCUACUUCGCAAGGCCGAGAAUAACCGGAUGACUAUUUUCUUAGACAUUUUCAAACGCUUUUAUUCGCGUCAAUAUUUGACUGUUCAGCUACGCGUGCAAAAUUCUUCUAGCAAAUUUCAAAGCAAAGAGUACAAAGUCUUGCGUUCUUCUCAAGUGUCUUUUCGCAAGUACAUUCGCGAUAUCGACUAUGCUAUGAUAUUACGAUAUUGGAUCACAUAAAAAUAUACUCUUUGUACGGAAUAAGAGAAACAGCUCUAGAAUUUUGGCAAGUUAUAAACGAAGUUAUCUGCGCAUGUAUAGCUACUUCUGUGGUAUCGUUAACCUGAAAAAUAUUUGCUUGCAACGAUUUUAUAAAUAAUGCAUCGAGCUCGAAAAGGGGAAAGUUUGCAGCAAGAGGGGAGACAGAACACAGGCAAGAAUACGGUAUAUUGCCUCUUGCUAACGCAUUUUCCGGGAAAUUAUUCCGAUUAUUAAAACUUUCGCAAACGUGCGAACAUUUACAAAUAAUUUCACUCAGAUUCCUAAACGCAACCUCGUAAACAUAAUUUCCCUCGAACGAAGUACGUAAUAGGAAUAAUUUAGUAAAAAUUGAAAUAAACUCAGUAUCGCGAAUGUAUUUUCUGAAAAGCUCGAUGAUGCGACGAUCUAAGCAGAAAUAUGCGAAUGUCGUAUUGCGUAAAAAAGAUCGAGGCCUAUUACGCGGAGAGUUAUAAAACUAACGUUACAUGCAUUUUCGUAUGUAAUUUGAGAUUGUUUGUAUUAUCCGUUUUGACACGAAACAGUAUCAAGACGAUUCUAUUUGGGCAAGGACGUUUAACGUUCCUUGAGCCUAAUAAGAGGCUCGAGAGGUUCGCGGUGCAUUGGUUGCGAAGUUUCAGCGUUAUCUUUAGUUGCGAUCAUCGUUAUAGAAUAAUUUAUCAAAGAGAUUAUCGGUGCGAAUUUAUUACAAUGUAUUUACGUUACGCUAUUCUAUUAUCGGUUGCAACAUUGAUUCUCGACGAAUGAAAAGAAGCGGCUUACAUAUCAAACAAAGAUCUAUCUCGUGUGUUCUCUUUAUCCUAUCGGAAUGUUUUUUAAUCGCAAUUUAAUUCUAUAAAGCGAUAUUUGUCCGAAUAGCAGGAUAUCGCUACUGUUCCGUGUCUCGAUGGAUAAGAUAAAACAAUCUGGGAACACGGAACCGUUGAUUUCGAUGAAUCCUUUCGAUUCCUUUGAAGAAGCGCUUGCAUCGUCCGAGCGCGCUGGAUCACGAUUAUAUUCGAUGGUUAUUCGUUAAGUAUCGCGAUUGCGAAACUUUCAUAUAAUCGUAACCGAAACGACGGAGGGAGCAAAAGCGAAGCUCGGGACACAUAGGAAUCAAAUUGUCGUAUCUGACCUUCCAUAAGCAUAUACUGUUACGUAAAUGGGCGGUCGAACUAUACGUACUCGUAGUUAUGUACCUAUUAGCCACACCGCGCAAGUCACUUCAAAUAUCCACGUCUCGCGUCGGAUUGCACAAAUUAUGCAGCAUGUCAAACAAGUCGCAAUGUCGUGGUUUUCGCUGAGCAUUUAACCGUUUGCGGUCCGGCUUAUUCUUCCCACCGUUCGUCCACUCUGUUCUAUUAUAUUAAUCGAAGCGGACACUUGUCACCGUUUGUCUCCGCGAUACUUUUCUCUAGUUUUAUCAUUUGACACGCGCGUGUUGCAACUUCGUGACAAGUGUACCGUAAAUCUCGCGGUGAAACAUCUUUGCGUUUAACAAACGGCAAGUUACGUACGAAGACUCGUGUUUUACUACUCGAUUAAAUUUCGAGCAGUAUUUAUAUAAAUUUCGAUGGAUGAAUCGAUAGGCGAUGCGCUGGUAAAUCCAAAUGGAAAAUCGCAAAGAAUUAUUCGAAACUAGUGUUUAAUACGUUUAUGAUACAAUUACGAAUCGUUUAUUGGACGAAACGCUCUGCGUAGAUCGAUCACCGUCAACUCCUAUUCUUCGAGCGUAAGAUAUUUCAACAGAAAUUAGUAGGAUAUUUUUAUGCGGAAAGAUAUACGUACAUCUUUAGGUACUAAAGAUACCAAACAUAUAUAUUUAAGGAUAAAAAGCUAUUUUCUAGUCUUUACUAGUCUAAUUGUUUAACGAUAUGUCAACCUUAGUCACGAGCUUAUCGAAAGAGACAUUUUAUUUCAAAAAUAUAAUUUAACAUCGUCGAUUCGACGUAGCACUUUUGUGCUUGACGUCUAGUCAUCAAAUAAUUUACGGUUAACAUUUAGUUUAUAAGUUAAUGG